AUGGACGAGCAUCAUCACUUUGAUUUUCGAGUGAAUGCGAUGGUCGUUCCACCCAUACUCUCUUAUGUGAACGGUGCUACUUUCGAGGCUCCAGGUUGGGUUUCGAGGUGGAAUACCACGUUUGUGUACGGAACAUGGUACAACUUUGGCGUUGCACUUAAGGCUGGCCCGUCAGGCAAGGGUCAUAUCAUUGAUAUGUACAUGAGCGAGGUAAUAAUGACCUUGAACACAAAACCACCCAUUCUCAGCCCAAGAUGA